AUGGCAGAUCGACCGCGACCGCGAUGGCUACCAUCGUCUGAAACAGCACCGGAGAGUAUCCAGUCACCUUCGGGUUCGGUGAGAUACAUUACCACAGCUAAACGCCCGUCUGGCGGCUCUAGGCUCCAGACAACUAGACCCCCCGCUGCGGACAGUAAUCUGGACAAAUCCACAUUUUCAAUGUUCACUGUCAAGAUCCCGCAUAAAGGACAUGGAGGUUCGAGCCAGAAGAAGACUUCCUCAAACAAAGACCACCGCACCCAUCCUAACGGCGGAUUAUCUCCUAACAACAAGUAUGCGUUUGAAGAUAUGGCGAAGACCGAUAUUGGAGAUACUCGCUCACAAGCUCGGGCCAGUUCAAGUAAGAAUACGGAAAAGAAACACCUUGCCAUGAAGACCCCCCCCAGCAACAUCAAGCACUAUGUGUUUGUAGAUGUUCUUCCCGAAAAUAACGACAAAAUUUUUGAUUCCCGCGAUGCUUCACUGGGAAGUCAGCCCCGAUACAUGUGGCACCAGCAACAAGCGGGCCGCAGUAAGCGACCAAGGGCCGAAGAUCCAGUAGAGGUGCCCAGCGAGGAGGAGUCGGAUGGUCCAGGUUCUACCAGAUACGAGACACCAAUGAGGCGCACAGAUGUGGGUGCCGGAUAUGAUCUCCGGGUGGGGCCGCCGCCAACGAAGGCGAAGAAGCCGUGCUUGACGAUGCCUGAGAAACCACCCUCUGCUGCUACGGUUGCUGCCGAACAAGUCUGGAGAGACAGAUCCGAAGCCGUGACUCCUACACCUGCUGGUAGAUAUUAUGACACAGCCCCCCGUCCGCCGGCUUCAAAUGGUCCAUGGAGGACCCUCUGCAUGCAGGAUAUCAGGCCCGAUGGAUACGUGAGCGACAAGGUGCCGAAAAUGGUAUAUGCGGAGGUUUGUGCACUGUACCGUGCCGAGGUUGCUGCCGCCGCUUCCGCCACUGCUGCCGCCGUUCCCGCAAGGAGAACCCCCACCAUCUCCGAUCCGAUGCCCCAAGGGGAUGUUCGUGACAGGUCGACCGCGUCGACGCCUACGGGCAGUGAGGCUGCUAUUUCUAACACCAUCGCCAUUGGUGCUCGUUCUGGUGUUCCCGCUUCUUCUAGCGCCGACGCCUCUUCCCCCGCAAGAAGGGCUCCUAUGUUCAUCGACCUGACGCUGGACGAUAGCGAGGAGGAGGAGGAGGAGGUUGCAGCUCCGGCUAGCAACCCUCCCUGGGCCACUAUGGACAUCAUUGAGAUUUUCAACGCUGCCAUGAGGGAGGCUGCUGCCAGCUCUGCUCCUCCCGCUGCUCCUCCCGCUGCCGCCGGAUACCACGUUGACCGUGACGGGUACGAUUUUUGUCCCGAAUGUGUUAGCGGCCUGUGA